AUGCAGCUCAAGCUCUCCUUUGUCGCCGGCCUGAUCGCCAGCUCCCUCGCCCUCGCUGCGCCCGUCGCCGAGGAGAAGGGCAUCAACGUCGAGCUCACCAAGCGCGACAGCCUCACCAACGGCUCGGGCCACGUCGACUUCGGCAAGGUCGAUCGCCACAUCAACGCCCUCCGCGCCAAGUACCAGAAGAACCUCGACAACUACCAGCGCAACACCGGCGCCUCGCACCGCGUCAAGCGCUCGCUCCCGGAGCACCUCGAGAAGCGCGCCACCGGCUCCGUCCCGCUGACCGACGUCUCCAACGAGCUCCUUUGGACCGGAAAGAUUGCCUACGGCACCCCCGCCCAGUCCUUCAACAUCGACUUUGACACUGGCUCCUCGGACACCCUCGUCAACGCCGGCACCUACCGCCCCGGCUCUUCGUCGACCUCGGUCAAGACCUCCAAGGCAUUCUCCACCGCCUACGGCGACGGCACCACGGCCAAGGGCACCGUCUACACCGACGCCCUCACCAUCGGCGGUCUGACGGCCUCCAGGGUCGCCAUCGGCCUCUCGACCACCACCUUUGUCACGGACAGCGCCGGCAUCAGCGGCAUGGCCUUCCCCAACCUCGCUCAGUUCGGCUCGGCCUACCCUCCCUUCUUCUACAGCCUCAAGAACCAGGGCAAGCUCAACGCCGGUGUCUUCCAGUUCACCCUGGCCAAGACUGGCUCGUCGCUCUACCUCGGCGGCACCGACGCCUCCAAGUACUCGGGCAGCUUCACCUGGUCGCCCGUCGACAGCAGCCAGGGCUUCUGGCUCACCUCGGCCAGCGUCAACGGCCUCUCGAUCGACAGCAUCGUCGACACCGGCACCACCGUCAUCGUUGCCCCCACCAACGAGGCCCAGUCGCUCUUCAACAGGCUCGGCCUGGACACCUUCACCCAGGACAACCAGCUCUACGGUGCCUACGACUGCAACUCGCCCCCCAGGGUCACCUUCAACUACUCGGGCAAGGCCAUCACCCUGAGCGGCGACACCGUCAAGUUCGGCACCACCACCGACGGCUCCUGCGUCCUCUCGGUCGUCGGUGGCGACGUCGGCAUCAGCGCCUGGGUCACCGGUGACUCGCUCCUCCAGAACACUGUCGCCGCCUUUGACGUCGACAACAGCCGCGUCGGCUUCGCCACCAAGCGCUAA